CUCUUCCAUUCCAUUUUUCUCUUUCUUUCUCUAUCAUCAUCAUUACUCAUUCCCAUUAUAUAUAUAUAUACUUACACAGAGAAAGUCACACUUGUAGACACACAAAUUCACUCGUAUAAAUCUCUUUAACUUCAGCUAUCUACACCUACAAAGAAAGAUCCAGAAAAGAUACCUAGUGAUAGAGAGAGAAAGUGUGUGUGUACGUGAUUGUGUCUAUGGCUGGUCUUCAAAGAUCCGCAGUGUCUUUCAGAAGACAAGGUUCAUCAGGGCUUGUUUGGGAUGACAGGUUUUUGUCAGGGGAAUUGAACAAACUCGAUCAACCAGAAGAACAACACCAAAAAACAGAGAUUAAAGAGCUUAACCCAGGAACAACGCUUGAACCUAUCAACACCGUCCAGAGAAGCCGCUCCAACGGCGGCGCUCGUGGCUACCGGACCGGAAAAGUCUCGCCGGCGAUCGAGCCUCCCUCUCCCAAGCUCUCUGCUUGUGGGUUCUGUGGUGCUUUUGGAAAAACAGGGGAUAAGGGUCAACGCUCCAAGGCAAUUAAGCAUCGAUCGAGGUAGGUUGCUCAAUCAUCGUUGCGCCUUUUUCGGUCACCGGAGAUGGGUUGUUUGGUUGAAGAGGGUAGGGUUCGAGUUCAUCAUGUAUGAAAAAAAAACUCUUGUGUUUGCGUCUGUGUUUGAGCUUUUGUUUCAAUUAAGCAUAGGUUUGGAUUCAUGUUGAAAGAACUCUAGCAGAAGUUACAAUUAGUAAAACAACGUUGAAACGUAAAUCUUAUAAGUACUUAAACGUGAAUUCAUAGACACUCAAAAGAUUGUUUGAGAAUGGGUUGGGUUGUAAUUAUUUGUAUAUUUGUCGGG